CGCGCACACACACACACAGUCUGAGGAUAAUCGCAGGUGGAGGCCGGGUGACAAUCUGGCAAACAAGAUGCGAUAGAAGCAGGUGUCGACUUGUGUUUAAGCGAGCGCCAAUCGCACUCAGGUCUAUGAUAGAAGCGUUGCACCCGGAUUAGCUGCCGUUAUUCUUUUUAAUUUUUGUUUUGUUUUUCCAACAAUGCGGUCCGCGGCUUGGUUCGUCGCCCGCUGCGCUCUCAUCCUCUGUGCGCUCUGGCUGAUUGACGGGGCCAAAGGACAGCAGCAGCAGUGUAGUGAGGCUGAGUACUACUAUGAGUACACAGAGUGCGACAGCACAGGAUCUCGGUGGAGAGUGGCCAUCCCGCAUAGCCCUGGCGCCUGCACUGGACUACCAGAACCAGUACGGGGGACUGAGUGCACCUUCUCUUGCAAGGCUGGGGAGUUCUUGGAGAUGUCAGCUCAGGAGUGUACCCCGUGUGCGGCAGGAAGCUACUCCCUUGGCAGCGGUAUCCGCUUUGAACAAUGGGAUACCAUGCCUGUUGGAUUUAGCAGCCUGGCAACGUCCCUCGAAAACGGUCCCCGCGGAGAUGGCAGAGUCACCUGCAACAGUUCCUCCUGGCUGCCUCAGGGAAACUAUCUGGAGUCCAACAGGGAUGAAUGCACGGUCUCUCUCAUCUAUGCUGUCCAUCUGAAGAAAAAGGGCUCUGUCAGCUUCGAGUACCAGUAUCCAGACAACAGCAUGCUGUUUGAGUUCUUUAUCCAGAACGAUCAGUGUCAGGAGAUGGAUCAGUCUGCGGACGCGAAGUGGCUCAAGCUCACCAAUCACGGCGAAUGGGCUACUCACACGGUCAACCUUAAAUCUGGCACCAACAUCCUUUACUGGAGAACAGGAGGCGUUCUGAUGGCGAGCAAAGUGGUGAAGCCUGUUCUGCUGAAAAAUAUUCAAAUUGAAGGUGUUGCUUACACAUCGGAGUGUUUCCCAUGUAAGCCGGGAUCGUUCAGUCGACUCCCAGGCUCCUCCGUGUGUGAACCCUGUCCUCGUAACACCUACUCUGGCCAUGGUGCCAGUUCCUGUACGCCCUGUAACACCACCACUCAGUAUGCAGCUGAGGGAUCAGCCGUGUGCAAGGACAGACCGCCCUGUUCCAAGAAGGACUAUUCCCAGAUCCACACAGCAUGUGACUCCGAAGGCAAGACACAUGUCAUAUAUAAAUGGAUCAACCCUAAGAUCUGUCUUGAGGAUGUCCCUGAAGCCGAGACGUUGCCUCCAAGCGGAGAACGGGAGCCCUGCCCCCCUUGCAACCCUGGUUUCUAUAACAAUGACACGGCCACCUGCUCCCCUUGCCCACCUGGGACCUUUUCUGAUGGGAUGAAACCAUGUAAGCAGUGUCCAGCAGGCACUGAGCCAACCUUGGGCUACGAGUACAAAUGGUGGAAUGUUCUUCCUUCUAACAUGAAGACCUCAUGUUUCAAUGUGGGCAACUCCAAAUGUGACAGUAUGAAUGGCUGGGAGGUGGCAGGUGGUUACAUCCAGAGCGGAGCAGGAAGCUCGGAUAAUGAUUAUCUCAUCCUCAACAUUCACGUUCCUGGCUUCAAGCUUCCUACGUCAGUGUCAAGCCAGUCAGGGACAGAAUAUGGUCGCAUCACAUUUGAGUUUGACACCAUGUGCACGGCUGACUGUGAGCUCUAUUUCAUGAUGGAUGUAAACAGGAAGAGCACCGCUGUGGUGGAGUCAUGGGAGAGAACGAAGACAAGACAGACCUACACGCACAUCAUGACAAAGAACGCUUCGGUUUCCUACACGUGGGCCUUCCAGAGGACCAACCAGCCUUCUGAUGUGCGUCAGUAUGUCAACGACGUGGCGCGCAUCUACUCCAUCACUGUGAGUAAUGCGAUAGACGGGGUGUCCUCUGGGUGCAGGGUUUGCGCUCUCAGCACCCAACCUUCCAGCUCUACAUGCGUGCCAUGCCCAGCUGGACAUUACAUAGACACGGACACCAGCCAGUGCACAGAGUGUCCCCCUAACACGUACCUUGUCCCUCACGCCUCGCCGGGCCCCAAAGCCUGCAAAUCCUGUGGACCAGGCAGCAAGAGUGACAAGGACCACAGGGGCUGUUACAGCGACUGUCACUUCACUCACACGGAGGGUAAUGCCACUCUGACCUUCGACUUCAGCCUCCUUGGAUCCACGGGAUCACUGAUGAACGGGCCGAGCUUUACGUCCAAGGGAACCAAGUACUUCCACCACUUCAACAUCAGUCUCUGUGGAGCACAGGGUCAGUUGGCAGUAUGCACCGAUAAUGUAACAGACCUAUCCAUCACCAACUCCCAGAGAGAGAAAGGCGAAGGGGCCAAUGCUGUCAAGACAUUCAUCUGUCAGUCAACAAUAAUCCCAGCUAGUGGACGAGGCUUCCAGACAGCACUUUCCUCGCAGUCCAUUAAUCUGGCUGACACAUUCCUGGGAGCGACUGUAGAGGACAAUCUUGAUGGAAUAAGGGCAAGACCAGAGCUGUAUCCCAAGACCUCCAUGAAAGUCCCUGAUGUCCACUUCUAUUACAGGUCCUUGGAGACGACCUCAUCUUGCGAAUCAGGUCGGAGCGCGGUGGUGACUCUCCGCUGUAACCCGGAGAAGAGCACCAAAGGAGAGCUCUCAGUUCCCAAUCAGUGCCCUGCAGGGACAUGCGACGGCUGCACCUUUCGUUUCUUAUGGGAGAGCCCGGGAGCUUGUCCUACAUGCACAGAGAGCGACUACCAUCAGAUAGAGGGGGUCUGCAAGGGAGAACAUCAGGACCUGUUGUAUAUGUGGAAUGAACCAAAGCUGUGCAUGGGAGGUGUGACCUUGCCUGAAAAGAAAACCUUGCCGUGUGAGGGAAUGGACUUCUGGAUACGGCUCGGUGCAGGUCUGGGAGCUUUCACCGCGGUGCUGCUCGUCUCCCUCACCUGCUAUUUCUGGAAGAAGAACAAAAGGCUGGAGUAUAAGUACUCGCGGUUGGUGAUGUCCGCUAAUAAGGAGUGCGAAAUGCCAGUGGCUGACAGCUGUGCUGUGAUGGAGGGGGAGAAUGAGGGAGACAUGGACGAUGAGGUUGUGUACACAAAGCCGUCACUACUUGGCAAACUCAAAGCCAUAGCAUCCAAGGGAAAUGGAGAGAAGUACGAAAAUGUGCAGCUGAACUCCUCUCAUUCAAAAGCCUUGGUGUGGAGCUAGAGCGGAGGCGGACCGAGGGGAGAAAUCGGACCCUCAAAGAGACUUUCCACUGAGUGACCCCUUUAACUAACCGUCCCCUUUAUAAGCUUUGGUACCUGGAGUACCAACUGUGUGCGCACACACUUAUACAGACACAUAUCAUUCACCUAGACCAGGAUCAGAGAAGUCACACUAACACGGCGGCCUUAAAGCUUGGUACGACACAGCUCUCCAGCUCAAAGCAUAGUACUGUGAAGCAGGCGUGUGUGACAGGCACUUCCUGAUAACUUUCUGAUUCAAACUGAUGUCAGAGAAGGUUGUUAAAAGAGCUCAGGGUAAGACGAGGACCUAUUUGAGAUGUUGCGUUUAUAUUUAUUUCGCUCUGCGUACCGUCUAAUAUUUCUGAGACAUCCAUGGUGUAUUUUGCCACAAGGCUCAUCCGUGGUCAGUGUUUCCGUCUCCUGUAGAUGUUUACACAGAUUGGUUUGUUCUGGCCAUAUAAACCCUAUAUCUCAUCGGUUUCUUUUUUUCUUUGUUCAUUGUAAUGAGGAGAUCUGCUGACCUUUUCAAAAUGCCAUAUUAUGCUGUUGAGGUUGUGGUGUGGAAUGUCCACGUACGUUAAAUAAAUUAUGAUGUAUUUAUGUAUAA